UUUACAUAAGGUGUACACACGUACGUGUGUGCUUAUCAGGUGUAUCGAUAUGAGGAAGAUAUGUACCAGUAUAUUAUUAGUAAAUACAGGUCGUGUUAGACUUACUGAGUGUACUUCAAACCGAAAGUGACUAUAUUCGUAAAGGAAUUAAGACUACAUACAUGGAUAUCUAUAUAUAGCACAUUUUUAUUUAUAAUUCUCAUGCGUGGCGUUUCAGGAAUGAACUCGACAACAGUAACAUUGGUUGUAUGCGUAAGGGCCUGUUGUUUCGCCCUGUUUCUGUACUCGUUUCUGACAAUUCAUAUAUCUUUGUCGGCAGUGCUAGCUUUCUUUCUCUUUCUGGCUUCCGUCUAUAUACCGAGGAUCGUUAAGAUUGUUAUAGAAUCGAGAACACCAACGAAGGAAUUGACAACAAAGCAAAUCAUUGACGAACUCUAUCCGAAAGUGAAACCGGAAGAACUUCAACAGGAUGUAGCCAAGUCAGUUGCCGCCCACGUGACGUAUGACGCAGAACGAGUCCGCAGCAUCGACAACUUCAAUGUGGUCAAACAAAAUACUGAAUGUGUAUUCGCAAAGAAAGCAAGGUUAUGGGGAUCUAAGGAUUGGACAGGAGGGCUGAGUCUUGAAGAAAAUAUUCACAGAUUAUCGCCAACGUUUUUAAUGUUUUCCAUGAUGUGUCGACAACACCGUCUGGAUGGUUUUGUAAUAGAAUUACCACUGGACCCGUAUGUCUCAGAUAUUGAGCAUUUUUCUGACAGUGUUCGCCGAGUUCUGCAAGUCCUCUCUGAUCUGGACCCUAAAGGAUCUAGAUGUAUGGAUACAAUCGGGACGAGGAAUCAAAGAGGAUGGGUCUUUGAAUUUAAUGACAUCACCUAUUUUAUUACAACUUUUGCUCCAUUUUAUCCAGACACGAAUUCGCGUCAUUCGUUUGGUUCUCGAAAUGGCUUCAUUCUAUUUCAACCGGAAAUUAGUUUUGCAUUACAUAAUUUACCAUCUGAUACCCCGCACACGAACUGGGAUCGACCCGUCACUGUCCGGGAUAAGAUACGAGUUGCAUUUCGAGACGCCGGAAGGGAGUACGAGAUCCCGACAUCGCUUUUCAGACCUCUUGCCUGGGAUGUAGUUCGACCAUUAUAUAAUGAGGAACCAGUUAUCAGAUGGUGGGAGAAAAUUCAAAAGAGUGAUUCAAACUCUUAAACUGCCUUUACAGUGUAAUACUCCCCUUAUUCUACUUGUAAUUUUGCAACAUACUGAGCAUCUCGCUGAGAGAAAUUUUACUUAACCAACAUCUGUUUUUUUCAAAAGUCGUUUAAAUUUAUAAGGUUACAUGUUGAUACACGCAAUUGCUAAUACAGUAAUUCGUUCUCGAAAAUGAAAAACGUAUUUUUACGUGUAUGUGUUUCAUUGUUCGAUAGUUCAUUAAAUGGUUUAUAUAAGGACAGGUCAACAUUGAUGUUCACAUAGACAUAUUUAUCAGACUUGUGUAUUCUAUAUUAUCAGGCAUGCUGCUUCGCUUAAAUAUAGAAAGUGUUAAUAGCUCUCUCUUUGAUCUUUAAAAAGUACCCAUGCAUAUAGUUCAUGUAACUGUCAAAGGGACAUAUGUAUAUGAGGACAUGUGUUUAGUGCGAAACCGUAGAGUGUUGGAAUGUUCUACUAGUUAGCAGGAACAAGCAUGACACAAGUGUGAAAUAUAACUAACAAAUCUAUUUCUUAAUUCACUGAAUUAUCCAGCGACCAAAAGACGUGUUAGUGGUGUAGCAUACAGCCUAGUUUGACCGAUACAUCCAAAACGAUAGCAUGCCAUCCCAUUCGGUCACUUUACACUGAUUACGGGCCAACCAGCCUUUACCGUAAAACGUUUCACAGAGCAUUAAAGACCAAUUCUAUACAUUUCCGGUCUGGAUACAGAACCCAUAAUUUUCCUCGUCUUCAUUGGUUUAAGUUAAUGUUGUUAGGUUGUUUUUUUUUUGUCUUAUUUUAUUUUUGUUUUCUUUUAACUAGUGACUUUUUAUAUAUAGCAAUAUCGCUACGCUGCGCCUUAUAUGAAUAUGCCAACAUCCUCAUGUGUAUUUAAACCAUACAACAAUCUCGCCCUUUCUGAGUCAUAUUAUUAUAUUUUCAUUCUGAGUGUUGAUUCUUUAUAUGAACAUACUAAGUAAAAACAGCAAACAUGUGACCAUGAAAACACUAUAAAUAGGUAAGAAAAAAAUCGUUUCAUGUACUGAUUUUCAAGAGAAUACAUCAAUUAAAUAUCAAUACGUCAGAAAAUAGUACCCAUUUCAUUUCCGUCAAUAGUGUUCGUUUUUUAUACGUUCAAUGUAACAGCCUGGGUCAUUUAAGGACGUGCCAGGUUUUGGAGGAGGAGGGUAGCCGGAGAAAAAUUACCAGCCUACGGUCAGUACCAGGCAACUGCCCCACGAACUCUCAACCCAGAAGUGGAGAGCUAGUGAUAAAGUGUCUGUACACCUUAACCACUCGGUCGACGCGGUCCCUGAAUUGUAUUCUCUUUGCCAUCUAUUCACACACAAUAAAUCUGGUUUAACAAAAA